AAGAGACUGAUAUAUUAGCCAAGUAGGAGUGAGGUGGGGCUAUUGGGGAGGAGUGGAACUAUUUUGGGUCACAAAAAUACUGACAGAGCCUGAUAGAGCGGUUACAGACUCAGCUCAUCUCCGGGGUACAAUGAAUCUCUGCAAAGACACAGAUAGACAGAGCCCUAGUGAAGAUGAGGUUUAUGCACCAUCGUACCACUUUGACUGCUCCCAAAUGAGGAUUGUACUGCUGGGUAAAACAGGAGUGGGGAAAAGUGCAGUUGGAAACACCAUCCUGUACAGAAACCACUUUGAUUCUGCACUCAGGAGUGUGUCAGUCACCAGCCAUUGUCGAAAGGAGGAUGCUGUCAUAUCUAAUAGACGCAUAGCUGUGGUUGACACUCCAGGUCUGUUUGACACGGAAAAGCCUGAUGAGAUGAUAAAGAAGGAAAUGAUAAAAUGUAUUCAGUUCUCCUGCCCAGGGCCACAUGCUUUCCUGGUGGUGAUGCAGCUGACCAGAUUCACAAAUGAGGAGAAGAUGUGUGUCGAAGCUCUGCAGGAGAUCUUUGGUGAAGAAGCAAAGAAGUUUAUGAUCAUCCUGUUCACUCGUGGAGAUGAUCUUGAAGACCAAACCAUUGAAGAGUUUGUUGAAAAUGGCGAAACCUCUCUGAAGGAGGUGAUCAGAAAGUGUGGAGGCAGGUACCACGUCUUCAACAACAGGGACAUGUCCAACAGGGCCCAAGUGAAGGAACUGUUGGACAUUAUUGAUGGCAUGACGGCCAUGAAUGGGGGAGGCUUCUACACGCAGGAGAUGUAUGAGGAGGCAGAGGCCAAGAUCAGGGAGAAGAUGGAGGAGAUUAGGAGAAAGGAGGCUUUUGGUAAAGCCAAGAAUUUCUGGCUGGAUAAGGAAAAGGAAGAUAUACAUUGCAGACAGAUGGCAGAAAAGAGUGAUCUCAACUGUGCCUUUGAAGAGAAGUUAAAGCAUAAAGUUAAGAAUGCAUACAAAGUUGCAAAACACAUCUUCUGUCCAAAGAAAGCACCUUCAAAUUUGUGCAGAUGAGACUGGCAGUGCCCUUAAAUGGUCCACACAAUUGUACAGAUACAUGAAAUCCUAAGCCUUAAUACUCUUCUAUGUUGGUUAAAGAUUAAUAAUCACUAUUGCCUAUCAUGAAGCAAUCGUAUGACUAUAUCAUUUAAUAUAUCUUAAAAUAUAUAUCUUAUCCUCUACAUCAUGGUGCGAUUGUUUCUCCUGGACAGGGCUGGGGGACCCAGGACCUAUCCCCGACAGCUUAAGGCAUCAGGCAGGGUAUUAUGUAAUUUGGAUUCAACAUCAAAUCUGUCUUUUCAUUCAUAUGCUUUAAUCAGUAUGGUAUAUUAUUUUUUAAUAAACAUUUUAGAAUUUUAUAAUUACUACUUUCUUUGUUUGACUGUGAAAUUGUGGGAUUAAAGAUAGCAGUAAAUUCAUUGUUUUAGAUUCAUGUUAUUCAACUAAAUCCAAACCUCAGUAAUGUCACUACUGUAUAACAAUUAUAACAAGAUUAAUCCAUCUUUUCCUUCUUAAAACUGUGUAUUGGGUUGCAUCGCUCUCACACCAUCCUUAUGUUGAAACUAACUUACGUCAAGCCAGACGGUCAUAACUCAAGGAGGAUCUGUACAUUAAAAAAACGUCAAAUAACCUCUGAAGUUGGGGGGAAACCAAUUACUGAAUAUUGUGGACGUUAUUUGAACGUGAGUUUCCCAUUUGGUUUCUGUUCCAAUAAACCGUUUCAAUGAUGCAGUAACAAUAAACUUUUACAGUAAAAUUAUAACUGAGCAGCUGAUUCAAGCAUGAAACAUGAUACCAAGCAAGUUGGGGUUAGAAGAAUCAUUUAAAGUGAUGAUAUCACAGGCAUCUGUGACGAAUGACACUAGGGGCUCUAUUUUGAUGAUCAAACGCAACCUUCUGAGGGCUGUAUUGCACUAUUCCACCUGAUAAAUCUAAAUAUUUACACGUUCCACCUGCAACAGGACUUGCAAGUCCAGGACAGGACUAUUUAGCCAACAAACAACUCACAGAUAG